AUGCUCUCUGGUCUUUUCGGUCAACUUGACAGCCUUACUGGAAUUGAAGGCACCUUUGGUUAUAUCGUUGUUAUUAUUGUAACGGUGCUUGGACAUAACUACAUGAAUCCACCACACCCGCCAAUGCCUGCCGCUGAAGAAGAAAAGGACGAGCCGGAACCUCCUCGCAACUUCACUGAGAAGCAAUUGUCAUACUUCGACGGCAAGAAUGACGAAAAGACUGACGAACCGAAACCUGUGUACUUGUCAGUCCACGGAAUAGUCUUUGAUGUUUCGGACGGAAGGAACUUUUACGGGCCCGAUGGUCCUUAUGAAGCAUUUGCUGGUCACGAGUGUGGAGUUGCUCUUGCAAAGAUGUCAUUCGAUAAAGAACAUUUGGACAACCUUGAUGGCUGCGACAAACUAAACCAUGGAGAAAAGACAGAACUGGAGGGUUGGAUUGAAAAGUUCAAGUACUACAGAAAUUACCCAGAGAAAGGUCGUUUGGUACCAGACAGCAAACUAGAGACUUUGAAAGAUAGAGUUAUUGAUCCUAAAGAUUUGUCGAAACACAAAGGAGAAGAUGGGGAAGAAGUCCCAGAGGGAUAUGCCACAGCUCCCAUCUAUGUUGCUCUUGGUACAAAGGUCUUCGACGCUUCCUUCGGCGGUGUAGAACACUAUGGAGCAAAGGGUGGCUACAACAAAUUCGCUGGCCGUGAUGUGUCUAGAGCCCUGGCAAAAAUGAGUUUUGAUCCCGCGGAUCUGGAAAAUACAAGUACAGAUGACUUGGAGGAAAAGCAAUUAAAAGUAUUGGCCGAUUGGAUCAAGACUUUCGAAGAGAAGAAAGCCUAUCCUAUCGUUGGAAAAUUAGAAAAGUAG